UAUGUCAAAGGUCGAAAUUAUCUGAAGAUCUAUAGAGUCAAUACAAUUUAACAUUAAUUCGGUGUGUUAGACAGAACUUUUGAAAAUUGAACCGACACCAGCUGAAAAAAUCAGUACAUUUAUUUGUCUCAGUGUACAUUCGGAAUGUAAAUUAUGGCACCAGCUAGUACUUAUUAUCAAAUUUCAAUUAGGUCUUAUGCAAAACGCGUCAGCGUUGUUUGCAUAUAAGCGUUUAAAAUCUACAUGAAAUCACUAGGAUUCCAAACUAAAUCGAAAUGUAAUCAACGGGAAGGAUUUAAGGUAUUCAAAAUGGAAUCACAACUACAGUGAAAUAAAAGCAAUUCGCCGCAUACUUCAGAGCCAGUGUUGUUAAGCGGCAAUCAAUAUGAAGUAAAUAUAUGCAUGUGCGUAUCGCAAUCUGCUUUUCGCCCCCGUGAUAAUGGUGAAAAUUAAGCAAAAAGAAGACAUUUAAAUAAGAAGACCACCGUAUAGAUAGGCAGUUCUUUUUGCGCGCUGUCGGUGGAAGGAACUAGCCAAAGCUACCCUUACCAACCAGUGAACAGUAAAAUAUUAAAAUAAAUAUAACGGUGCAGUGUUAGUUGGUACUCCUACGGAGCUAGAAGCAUGGUUGCCGAAAUUGCUAACAAUUUCAACCGCCUGUGGGUGGAUCGCCCGCAGACACUGGCGGUGCUAUCAGACUUCUUCAUCUUCCUUACUGGUGGCAUGAAUCUGGCCGUCAGCGUUGGCUGGUCGCAAAGUGAAUACACGCUGCAGUUUCGUAUUUGCUGGUAUAUUGGCGUGGCGAUUGGUGCCUUCAUAGCACCACCACUGGUGCAAUGGAAACGGAAACGGCUAUAUAUUAUUCUACCCAAUCUACUUGUUGCCGCUUCCGCCAUUAUCGCCGUCUCUGGCUAUCAGUACUUGGGCGUAAACAUCGCAUCGCGCUAUAUAGACGGCAUUUGCAUUGGUCUCGCGACGGUCUCCUUCAUAACACAUGUGAGUGAGAUUUCUUCGGAACAUCGACGCGGCUUCUGUUUGGCUUUCGAACAAAUUGGACUUGCUGUUGGCGCCUACGUACAAAUGCUGUACACCUCACUCUGGAUUCAGGGCACUAACUUCAGUCCGAGUCUGCUUAUGGGCUUAUGUAAUCUGUUCUUCGGCUGCAUGGCCGCCUUCUUGACCUACACACAGAAGGACUCACCCGUAUUUCAUAUGCGUAAAGGUGAUGAGACUAGCGCUAUCGCGUGCGUCAAUGUACUCUAUCAACCACCGAUUCUAACGGAAAAUAAACAAAUCGCCAUAACGGACAUCAAAAUGUAUGUGGCCAUGAACGACUCGAUGUCGUGGUGUAAAAGUUUCGCCAAAGGUUUGCUGCCACUCUGCAAAAUGAUCAUCUAUCGCAGCAUGCUUUCGUUCAUCAUAUCGCUGCCAAUUAUGCUGGCACUGAAUGAUGGCGGUAUCGUUAGUGCGCCGAACGUGAUUAACUGGCAUCCGAUACUUUAUGGUUUUCUGGGUGUACUCGGCCCGGUUGUGGCCUCUACAACACUGGGUGGCAUCGGUCACAAAUGGUUGAGUUUGGGUGCUUUACUAGUGUCGGGUGGCAUGUUUCUCGGUGUGGGUAUUGUCUAUCAUGUUGAGCCGAACCUCUCGUAUGAAGUGAAGAUGUCGAUGGUUGUGGCUUUGUUGAUGAUCGCACAAUUUCUUGGCGGUAUCUUUGCGCCCAGCACAACAGUCUUUCUCGGCGAGGCGUUUCCGCUAAAAGUGAAGCCCUACUUCAUUGCCUUCUGCAUAAUUGUACAAAAUAUGGUUGGUUUGAUUAUAGUCUGCACCUUCAACUACACCCUAUUCCAUGAGUAUGUCUACUGCGUCACCGUUGGUGUGAUAAUGAUGUUCUUCGCCAUUGUCUUCUGCUUUAUAUUGCCCGAGACGCGCAAAAUGAAGUUGCGCGAGGCGCAAGAGCAAUUCGCGUACUUUUUCAAUUUCAAAGUUUAUUGAAAAGUGAAAGCUCUACAGGUCGUUUGGUGAAAGCUUUGCUGUUGAGCUUUUUGUGCUUUGUAGGAAAAGCAAAGAUUUUGUGUUCAAUUAUUUUAGUUUUAAAGAUCGAUUGAAGAUGUUUAACAUUUUCUUAUGCGUUAAGUUGCUUAAGAUUCUUAUUAUAUAUAUAUGACGAGUGUCUUUGUAUUUGAAGACAAAUGCAAAUCUGCAGUAAAUAGCUACUAAGUUUGAUUUAUAUUAUAGAUUAUAAGCGGAAAAAUUAAAAAUACAAUUUUAAUAAACUGAAAAUAUGAAACAAAAUCAUA